UAGUUGCAUUGCUUCCGUUCUGCUUUGAAAUCAGCUACUUGCAAUGCAACUAGCAUGGUGUGAUAAGCUCCACUUGGCCGGUAGUGUUUCUCUCGCUCUUCGGAGUCAUGAGAGGAUUUCCAAAUUGCCGCACUUAGUGCAAACAUUUUUCGGCGACUCAUCGUCAAUUCGCAAUUCUCCUGCAUCCAGAAUGCUUGCUCUGCCUUCAAUGGAAUUUGUCUUGUUUAAUGAGAUUGUUAAAUGUCAAUGUGAAAUUCCGACGCGGGUGGUAACGCCCCUUUUGUUCUCCCUAUUCGUAUCACAACGUCGAAGCGUGGUUAAGCGUACAACUCCUGACGAUAACAAGGAGGAACAAGACUUCUGUUGAGGGAAGUAGACAUGGCAUGAUUUUGCACAAGCGGGGUAGUUAGGUCACUAACUUUGAACUUGUUACACCCGUGUAGUGUGUAUGAGUCUCUUGAAUGAAGUUAUGAAGAGGCAGGGGGGUAUAUUGCUUCCUUCUUUAGCAUAAAAAACUUGGCAGGGACCUAGUCUACACAUAGGUCGAUGAAGGAGAAGUCAGAUUCACCCUUUGUCAGAUCCAUGCAUUUGCUUUGCUACCGAGGUGGUGAUUCUUGAGAUGGUAGGGAGCCGUGUGAAUCCGUUGAUUCCUUCACUGUUUAGGGUUUACAUGGAUGGCAUAAUCUGUGCAGUGCUACGUCGAGGUUUCAUGCACGAUUUCAAGCUGGUAGGGGGUUGAGUGUUCGUAUUCAUGUCGUCAUUGAGUAAUCUGCGAUGUUUUGUUGGUAUUCCGAAGUGGAUGAUGAUUGGUGCAAAACCCCUGCAUUGACUACCAUUACCUUGUAAGCCGAGAGCUUCGUUUGCAUUGCACAAUGUUGAAGGAGGCGUUUCCUCUCCUUGUAGAUGAAGUGGGCAUACAUGAAACAGUGACAGCAUCGGAGGAGCCAGAAGCCCAAGUUUCAGUGGCCAAACCACCAUCCACUCGACCAAGAUUGCCUGUAAUAUUCAAUAGGCUUAAGACGAAACCACGUCUGAAGGCUGUGAAGCAGUACCUUGCGUCUUUCGAAUACUGGCUCAAGCUUCAAACGAACUUUAAUUCACAGAAGCAACGACCUCUUCUACAGAUAACGGAGACAGCGAAAACGAUUGUCAAUGCACCACAGCCCAUCAAGUGCGUGGAAGCUGUAUUUGUUGCACUUUUCCUGACGGCUGGCCUGCCCGAUGUGGAGCGUUUUCCCUUGAGCUUCCAGACCGUGUUGGAUGGUCAGGUAUAUCAACACAUAGUGUUGCUGGUGCAAUAUUUUAGCAAAUACGGUGCAUUUGGUAUAAGCCGCUGGCCUGAAUUCGGGAGUAUAGACCUGGAAUUCAACAGCAUGGCCGGUGUUGUUAACAACUACAAAACCGCGUACGAGGAGCAGGGCCAUGUGGUGGAGAAGAUUCGACUUGGCCUUCCGGUCGAGCAUAAUUUAAAAUCUAAAAACUUCGUCUGCUGGCGAUACCUUGAACUCGACCUAGAGGUUCAGCCGUGGUCAGAGUGUGUUCAAGAAAUAAACUUUUUUGCCGCUAAGGCAAAACGACUCUGGGAAAUAUGGGUUCGUUCUGGAAAAGGCGAAGAUCCUCGUCAAAUAUACAUUCGCCAAACGAAGAGGCUGCUUGCGAGUCGGGAGUCAUCCCCUCCUAAGACCAAGCGUCUAAAUCUUGACAGUGGUCUCACUGUGCCGGAACUAAGUUCAGAAGUCGCUGCAGAAGGUGUUGAAAACACAGGAAUUCUAGAAUUAACUGAGACUCCGAGUAUAGAGUCUGGAGAAGUUACUGGAAACGCACUGAUAAUUUCUAAGGAUGCUAAGGAGGUUUCUCCACGAGUUCUACCGAGGGAUCUCUGCUCCAAUGACACCCGUGUAGCUGUACGUUCUCCGACCAACCAUGGAUUCUGCGAGCUCCGAAAGAUCAAGAAAUGGAUCAAAAUUUGUUCAGUUCGUAGUAAGCAUGCUGCUAUUCGGUCAGUGAAGAGCAAGAGACCCAUGAAAGAUACGAGCUCCCUUCCGAGAUCGGCACGGAACUCCAUCGAGCAACCGCUGGCGGUGAGCCGGUGUCUUUUCGGAAUAAAUUACUCCAGUGGAACACCCGGUAAUGGUAUCGACGGAUCAAAGACAUUCUGGGAGUGUCUCAGAGCAUUGUACCAAUCAAAAAACGAAGCAAGGUUGCUGCUGCUCAAGAACAAGCUGGCAGAUAUCCGGAUGGAGGGACCGCUGGUGGAAGAGAGUUACCGUGUCGUCCAAGAUAUAUUUCAACAGCUUGUGGGCAUUGGAGAAGCGAUUGAACGCAGAUUGCAUGGAUUUGAGGAAACGAUCAACUCACUUUCUGAAAACUUUGACGCAGCGGUCCAAAAUGUCGACAGCCAGCAACUGCUCCACUCUUUGAAACAGAUCUCACAGCAGCUGGUUGAGGUGCAGAGCGGAGAAUUGCAGCCGAUAACAAUACUUAAGAAAGAAAAGAAGAACAUUAUACCAGCCAGGAAAAUAACAUCAAGGAAAUUGGAUCCUCGCUCUAGUUCCCGAAUACAGUACUGCUUACCGCCAUGCAACUGGUGCAGACAGCAUGGACACCGUAUGCGCGAUUGCGAAGAUCUUGACAAAGAGAUUAAAAGACGAGUUCGGGAGUACAAGAAUCGCAUGAGUCCCACCUCACCAAAAAAUUCCCAAGAAGAGCCCAAUCAUACUGAAUUAGCGACAGAAGCAGAAGUAAGAUCUUCAGAGUUCACUGGCAAGCCUGAUACAAGCCUAGAGAAGAGUAAGCAAUCCAAAAUUUCGGAGGAGGCAGGAGGUCCAUCAGAAUGGAAGACCCCCAUAGAAGUUGCUUCACAGGGGCCAGCUUCUUUUAGGUCCAGUACGGACCAACUUAUCUCGCUAGCAGGUCUGGAAGGAAUGGUGGCAAAAAAGAGGAAGUUGUCUCCAAGGAGAUUGGACAUGAAAUUGAUGCACUUGUUAGAGAGACCUCGCAACGCGUCAGACGGACGAGGGAGGGAAUUCAGGAUCAUGACUCGAAAAAAGACACGCCGACGGAAAAGGUACUGAUUGGUACUGGUUUUGGAACUGAUGGUAAAAGACAGAUUAUCGACAUCGGCGGGCAUAAACCAACGAGGGGGGUUAUUGAUUCAUGUGUUACUGCUCAUAUGUGUCUAGCAGCUUGUGACAACUCUUCUGGACUAAAACGUCAUUGUAGAUAUUAGCUAAUUUGCAGACGGCCUGAUAAAUACAACUCAUGCAGAAUUUCUUGUUUAGUAGUUCAACUUGGAGAGUAGCCAAAAACUGAGACUGGGUAUGACCAGCAACAUGUUCUGGAGGCCGACGUGAAGUAGAUUCCAGACGUUAAAACAAUUUGCACUUUGAGAUAAUAUUACAAUCCUCGUUCUACAAGUAAAACCCGA